CAGCUUUAUGUCUCUUACGUCAUCAAGGCAAGGGUGUGUUUCUGGCAAAGCGCGGACUGUCAUCAAGCUACGCAGUCGGCUUUUUAAUGCCCACCCAGACAAAUGUUGGCCCUUCACUAACAUUAAAACAUGGAUUUCGACUUUUUACUCAACGACACAGCUAUCCAGUUUUCCGAUUUCCGGGAGUUCACGUUUCUUCCCGGACAUCAAAGAUUGUCUGAACGAGUGAGAAAGCGACUAUAUUAUGGAUUGGAUCACGAUGUGUCACUUGAAGUUCUGUCCUCCCCUGUGACAGAUAUCGCUGUUGAAAUCUUCCAGAAAUCUGCACCAAGUCCAAUCCGGAAACUCCACAAGAAAUAUGCCGUUCAUGUCGCCAGGGAGGCUUGUAUUUCACCAUGUGCCAUGAUGCUGGCGUUGGUUUACAUUGAAAGGCUUCGAAACAGAAACCCUGAAUACCUGCAAAAGAUCUCAUCCUCUGACCUCUUCUUGAUCUCCAUGAUGGUUGCCAGCAAGUACUUGUACGACGAAGGAGAGGAAGAGGAGGUCUUCAAUGAUGAGUGGGGAGCAGCUGGGAAGCUCGAUGUUGAGACGGUCAACAAGCUGGAAAUGAAUUUCCUCUGCGCUAUUGAAUGGAGUCUCUUCACUGGGUCUGAUGACUUCUUGGAGGCACUGAGCCAACUAGAGAGCAGCGUGGCGAAGCGUGAGGGGACAACGCGAGGCUGGUUUAGCUACACAGACCUCUGCGUGCUGCUCGAGCAACCAGCGUGGAGACAGGCGUUUGCGGCAAUCUACCAGCACUUUAUCAAGGUUUCCUGUAUGCUCGGGUUUCUCUAUCUGACCAGCGUGGCCGGCUUCAUUGCCACAAGCAGCGUGCUCCACCAGCUCAGUCUCUCUCCAAGCAUCCAGAGCCCGUUGGCUCCCCCGGACGAGGUCACCCCGGCACUCCUUCACAUCUCCGACCCCGACGUCCCCGCUCCACCGCAGCGGAUCCGCUGUUGCUCACUGUCCAACGAGAGUAUGAACUGCCACGCUGAUGUCGUCGGACCGGAUCGACUGCACAGAACGGCGUCCCCUUCCGUCAACUCAAAGACAUCGAUAUUGUGUCUCUGGGGCGCACUGCUCACCUCUUUGGGAUCUGUACGACCAGAAACUGCCUUGGAGUCAUUCGAAAACUGGUCUACCCCCUUCUGUCGCAGCACGCUCACAAACAACUCCGCCGUAUUCACCAGUCACGCAUCGUGGCUUGCCUCCAUCUAAUCGUGGAAAGCCAAAUCUCUCACCUCGUCAUCCAAAGAUUUUACCCUUAGACAAGACGCAAGCUCUCCUCAUGACUCGCUAGCACGUUAGAGUCUCUGCUGCUAAUCGUCACGUAGUCUGGAAAAGAAACCGGCACUGCUUUUUUUUAAUCACCACCUCACGUUUGUAUGUUCCAGAUCUACAAAAACCAGGCGAUUGAAGUCUUGUACUCAAGACUCAAAACUUACACAACACCAGAAUUAGCAGAUGUUACUGAUACACCACAAAUACUUUCAGGAGUCCUAGACUGCGACUAGACCAAGACCUUCGAAAUGUAGUCUCACGACCGGUCUUGAGAGUUACAACACAAGGUGAGAGUACACAAGCGCAUCUCAGAUGUUCGUUAUAGUCACUUUUGGUUUUUGACCGCAGAGAACUUAAGAGCGUUUUCAGUUGUACUGGUUCGCAGGUUUGAAGUGAUGGGUCAAUGUGUUCUGAAUGCUGUAGUAUCAGCUGGAAAGGGUGGAAGUAUGUUAAGUUGAAAUGAUGGUGCUUGAUGCGAAGAAAUGUUACUGCUUCACGAAAGACAUACUAGAUACGGCACUAAAAUGUCAGGAUCGGUGAGUACUAAGAAAUAAUGUGCCGAUGCUGCGCGAUAUGUGCUCUUCAACUUGUAGUUCUUCUAGUUUCCAAGUGCCGUCGCCCUACCUAAGAUGGCCGCCAGCUAGACAUGCUGCCGUAAAAAAAGGUAGCGCUUGUCGCCCUUGCGUUUAUCACUAGUAGUCCAAUCCAAUUGAAGUGGGAGGGUGAAUGUUCAUUUGCUGCCACCCUCCCAUUUCAAAUGGAUUGGACGUCUAGCACCGUCAAUGACAGCCAACAAGUUUAGGAGUAUGAGUAAGCUAUGAUAGCAUUUACUUUGAAUAUGCAGUAAUUUAGUAUUUAAAAAUAUAUUUAUCCUCUCCUAAAAAAAACUCAUCGGUACAGGCUCGGCGUCGGCCAAUACAACACACCGGAUGUUGGGAUCUGUAUCGGGAGGCAAAAUAUGGUAUCUGCGACGCUACUUCAAAUAGGUCAUGCUAAUACACAAUGAUACUGGUUUUUUUAUGAUAAAAGGUGUCAUAAUUCAAUGCCAUGCUGAAGCUGUGAUUGUCUUACAACAGGGUAAUAAGAUCAAAUUUUUGUAUUUUUUUUUUUUUUUUUUUGGACAAUGAAACCUAUUUAGCGUGCUAGUAACGUGUUUAGCAUGCUAGCACUAGCAAAUGCCUUCUGGAAGUCACCAUUUUGCUUCAUUUGUAAUCGCAACAAUCACUCAAGGUUCACUAGUUUUGCAAUAUCAGGUUUCUUUUGAUCUUAAAAAUAACCAUUUUUCCCCUGAGGGUUUUUUUCUGUUUUAUUUUGGCAUAAUCACAAUCACCAUAAUCACCAUGCUACCAAUGUGUUUAGCAUGCGAGCGCUAGCAAAUGUAUUCUGGAAGUCACCCUUUUGCUUUCAUUUGUUGUAAUAGCAACUUUCAAGGUUAACUAGUUACUGCAAUAUCAGUUUUUUUUUCAAUUAAACUUCCUAUUUAGUCAUUUUUGUUUUUGCUGAGGGCUUUUUUUCCCUGUUUUGGCACAUAAACAUAACCUAUUUAGCGUGCUAGCAACGUGGUUAGCUAUUUGCUAUUGCUAGCAAAUGUGUUCUGGAAGUCACCCUUUUGCUUUCAUUUGGUGUAAUAGCAGCUUUUACUCAAGGUUCACUAGUUAUUGCAAAAUCAGUUUUUUUUUUCCUAAAGGGUUUUGUUUUUUGUGGUUUGGUACAUAAACACAAUCUAUUUAGCAUGAUAGCAACGUGUGUAGCAUGCUAACGCUAGCAAAUGUGUUCUGGAAGUCACCCUUUUGCUGAUAAUUGUUGUAAUAGCAACUUUCAAGGUUCACACAUUACUGCAAUAUGUUUUUUUUUUAAUUGAAAUUCCCAUUUAGUCAUUUUUUUUGUUUUUCCUGAGGAAUUUGUUUGGUUUGGCACAUAAAUAUAACCUAUUUAGUAUUCUAACAAAUAUGUUCUGGAAGUCAUUGUUUUGGUUUCAUAACGUUCACUUAAUGUUCACUAGUUAUUGCUUUUUUUUUUUUUUUUUUAAUGAUUAAAAGUCCCAGUUAGUCGUUUUUUGUUUUUCCCUGAGUGUUUUUUCCUUUUUUGGCACAUAAACACAACCUAUUUAGCGUGCUAGCAACAUAUUUAGGAUGCUAGCGCGAGCAUAUAUGUUUUGGAAGUCACCCUUUUGCUUUCAUUUGUUGUAAUAGCAACUUUCAAGGUUUACUAGUUACUGCUAUACAAGUUUUUUUCAUUAAAAUUCCCAUUUAGUCAUUUGUUUUUUUUUUUCCUGAGGUGUUUGGUUUGGUACAUAGCAUAUUUAGCGUGCUAGCAUCGUGUUUAGCAUGCUAGCAAAUGUGUUCUGGAAGUCACCCGUUUGGUUUGAUUUGUUGUAAUCAUAAGUUUCACUCAAGGUUCACUAGUUAUUGCAAUGUUAUUUUAUUUUUUUAUAAUUUAAAGUCCCAUUUAGUCUUUUUUUUUUUUUUUUGUUUUUUGUUUUUUGUUUUUUGUUUUGGCACAUAAACAUAAGCGCUAGCAAAUGUGUUGUGGAAGUCACCCUUUUGCUUUCAUUUGUUGUAACAGCAACUUUCAAGAUUGACUAGUUUGUCAUUAAAAUUCCCAUUCAGUCGUUUCCCCUAAGCGUUUUGUUUUUUAUGGUUUGAUACAUAAACAACCUAUUUAGCAUGCUAGCAAAUGUGUUCUGGAAGUCACCCUUUUGAUUCCAUCUCUGUUGUAAUCGCACCUUUCACUCCAGGCUCACUAAUUACUGCAGUAACAUUCACUUUUCAGUUAUUGUUUCUGAAAAAGCCCCAAAGUGGUCUCGAGGAGUUUAUAAUUGGAUGCUAUUCUGACAAUUUGAUAUCCUUGGAAGCACAAUGUCCUUCAUUUUGUACAAUGUUGUAAAACAAACAAGCCAAAUUUAAUAAAGAAUGACUUUGUUGAAGUUCA